AUGGCAGAUCCGGUGUCUCCCUUGGCCCUUACACCCACACAGAGCGAGGCUCAGAGUAAGAUUCCUAGUGAAGCUCAUAGUGAGGUUCGAGCUCCAUCUGCUGGAUUAUACUCAUUACUUACCGAGACUAAAAUUGCUCGGAAUGCAGCGGAAGGUAGACCAGCUGUUACCGUGCAGGUCUAUACUCAUGCACCUUUUAAUCCUAUGGACCUGGCCGCUUUCAAAGCACAGGCUGGAGAAUUUUCUAUCAACCCAAGCAAGUUUGUAUCGGUUUUUGAGGGAUGUCUUAGCAGCUACAAGCCAGAUUGGGAUGAUUGUAAUGUCCUUCUGCAAACAUUAUUGACUGAGAUUGAACGAGAACAGGUCAUAGCUAAAGCAAGGGAGGAAGCAAAGAGGCGAUAUGACCAGGAGUGUAACAAUAUCCUGACCCCAGAUGAUCAGGUUUCUAUAAAGAAUCCUAGGUGGGACCCAAAUGACAAUCAGGCUAUGACCCACCUCACCUCCUAUAAGGAGCUGCUACUGUACGGACUCCGUCAUGCAGCUGUCAGACAGAAUAAUUGGACUAAACCAUAUGAGGUAGUGCAGGAUCCAAAGGAAAGCCCUGGAGCCUUUUUACAGCGCAUUCGAGGCACGAUCCGACAGUAUACCAAUGCAGAUCCUAAUGAUCCGCAAACUGAGGCAGUUAUUAAAGGAGUAUUUACAAGCAGGGCAGCCCCCGACAUUAAGAGAAAGCUACAGAAAAAGGAGGAUUUGAUGGGUAUGACCAUGGCACAGAUUUUAGAAGCAGCAAAUCGAGUGUAUAGUUUAAGAGAAGUGGAGAAGGAGAAGAAGCAAGUGAGAUUGAUGGUAGCGGCGGUGCAGGCAGCAUCAGGGAUCCCAGGAAAAGCUACUCACCAAACCCCCAUUCAUGUCCAGCUCAUACCCGGGAAAGGCCCGGUGCGGGUAAAGCAAUAUCCAAUCAAGAAGGAAGCCAGAGAGGGGUUACAGGAAACCAUAGAUCGAUUUCUAACUUACGGUAUUCUCCGGGAAUGUCAGUCAGCCUGGAACACUCCCAUUUUACCCGUACAGAAACCUGAUGGCACGUACCGGCUGGUACAAGACCUAAGGGCAGUUAAUGAACGGGUUAAGACUCUGCACCCUCUUGUCCCUAACCCAUAUACCCUAUUGGCUUCUAUAUGGGGACAGUAUACCCAUUUUUCAGUUCUUGAUUUAAAAGAUGCUUUUUUUGCCAUCCCAGUUGACACCUCAUCACAGGAGAUUUUCUCCUUCGAAUGGGAGGACCGGAACAGAGUUAAAAAGCAACUUUGCUGGACAGUGUUAGCCCAGGGGUUUAAAAAUUCCCCCACCCUCUUUGGCCAGGCUCUGGCCAGGGACCUAGAGGAGUGGGAUAAUGAGGAAGCCCUCCUUUUGCAAUACGUAGAUGAUCUGUUAAUUGCCUCUGUGGGCUUAACCCCUUGCCUUAAAGCCACCGUGAAUCUCUUGAAUUUUGUGGGACUCCGAGGAUAUCGGGUAGCACGAAGUAAGGCUCAGAUUGCUCUCCUGCAGGUACAGUACCUCGGGUUCUACAUACGGCAGGGGGAACGCCAGCUUUCAAAUGAGAGGAAGGAAGCCAGAUGCCAAGUUCCUAUCCCAAGCGGCAAGCUCAGAGCAUUUCUGGGGAUGGCAGGCUUCUGUAGGAUAUGGAUCCCAGAGUUUGGACUAUGGGCUAGACCCCUGUACGACUGUGUAAAAGGAGCAGACCAUGACCCCUUUCACUGGACCCCAGAGGCUGACAGGGCAUUUAAAAUCCUAAAAAGAAAGCUGAUGGAAGCCCCGGCUCUAGGUCUGCCAGAUCUCUCCAAGCCAUUUCAGUUGUAUGUACAUGAACGAAAGGGGGUGGCCCUGGGAGUACUCACACAGCUGCUAGGAGCAUGGAAACGUCCGGUGGCAUAUUUUUCUAAACAACUGGACCAAGUAGUCAAGGGCUGGCCAGCGUGCCUGCGGGCAGUGGCAGCCACUGCCCUGACCCUGGCAGAAGCAGAAAAACUGACACUAGGGGGAACAAUACAGGUUUUUACACCACACAUGGUUCGCGCUUUACUUCAUGUUAAGGGCGGCCUCUGGCUCACACAAGCGCAUAUAGCAAGAUACCAAGCAAAGCUCUUAGAGAACCCUGAGGUCACGCUGCAGCCUUGUCCAUCCCUUAACCCUGCCACCCUCUUACCAGAAACUGAGAAACAGGAACAUGACUGUUUGGAGAUCAUAGAUGCCCAAUAUUCUAGCCGCCCGGACUUGAAGGAUGUGCCCCUCCCAAAUGCAGAUUAUGAGUGGUACACUGAUGGCAGCAGCAUGGUGAUAAAUGGGCAAAGAAGGGCGGGUUAUGCUAUUGUGACCCUCAAUGACACCGUGGAAACCCACAUUCUCUGGCUUCUAGAGGCCGUGCAACUCCCCUUGGAAGUGGCGGUGGUACACUGUAAGGCCCCUCAGAGGGAGGAUCAAGAUGUAACCAGGGGUAAUGCCAGGGCAGAUAGAGAGGCGAAGCAUGCUGCCACCCUGAUGUCCCCUCAGACUGAGAACACCUAUAUGCAUGCCCUUAUCCCAUCAGUGGGGGAGCUCCCGACCCCUCAGUAUUCUGGAGAGGAGAAACAGCUAGCUGACAAACUUGGUCUCCAGGAAAAGGAGGGAUGGCUUCAUUCCCCGGAAGGGAAAGUCCUCUUACCAAAGGGCCUAAUUCUGCCAGUAUUACAGAAAUUACAUCAAACCACUCAUGCUGGCAGGGAGGCACUUAUCCAGCUAACGGGAAAGUACUUCAUAACCUCAGACUCCGACCCCUGGCUGCCCAGGUACAAGCGGACUGCUUAGUCUGUCAAAAGAACAACCCCCGACCAGGACACCCAGUGCCACCAGCGGCCCUGGAACCCACUCCAGGCCCUGGACGGGUGUGGCAAAUAGACUUUACUGAGUUUCCCCGGACCCAAGCGUUCAAGUAUCUCCUUGACAUAGUGGAUAGAUUCAGUGGCUGGCCGGAAGUCUUUCCAUGUCGCAAUUGCACUGCCAGGACAGUGGCUCUCAAGUUUGUUAAGGAGAUUAUUCCUUGCUUUGGACUUCCCCCGUGGAUGGAAUCUGACAAUGGAACACACUUCACGUCAAAAAUCAUCCAAAGCAUCUCAGGUUUCAGAGUAACAGCCGUGUUAGUCUGUAUUCGCAAAAAG